AUGGGCGACGCCGGGGGGUCUCCUGCUACUAGUAGUACUGCUCCUCCUCCACACCAUCAACAACGACCAGUCCGCGCCGGCCUGCCCAGCGCCAACCCGACACCCUCGUUCUGGCAGACCUCCUUUCCCAAUCCGCUCGUUCAUCACCGUUCAACACCAAACCUCCCCGCCUCUGUGGACGUGGCUGUCGUCGGGACAGGCAUCAGCGGCACCUUUGCUGUCGAUGAGUUGUUGAGUCAUGUCCAAGGAGUGGAUGUAGCAGUGACGGAUCUCAACGACGACAACGACGACAACAGCAACAGCCUCACCGUCCUGGCCCUCGAGGCCCGCACGCUCUGCUCCGCCGCCACGGGCAGGAAUGGCGGCCACUUGCAGCCGAUCGUCCACGGGGCGCCAGCACACAUUAUUGAUUUUGAACUGCGCAAUUUCCACCAUGUCGAGGCGUUGGCGCUGAAUACGUCUCGGAAGGCCGGAGAUGACGGUAUUACUGUUGACGAGGAUGAUCAAAGUGAAUGUCAUGGUGAUUAUCACGACGAGAUUGAGACCGAGUCAUCAAUUCCUCCUUCUGCUCCUAAUUGGUGUGACUUUCGCCGACUCGAAGGGUGUCUUGGGUUUUGGAACGAAGAGUUUUUCAGGGACGCGAAGAGGGAUUUUGCUCUUGCUGCGUCCACUUCCACCGAUAACACCGGGGCCGGUACCGGGAUCGGUUCAGACAAGACCACGAAUACCCGUUCCGCCAGCGAGGACGACAAGCCCACAAGGUUAGCCAGGGUGGUAGAAGACCCCGCCGAGCUGGAGACCCUCGGAUUGAAGAUCGACAGCGGUGCGGUGGGCGCCAUCGUCCAGAGUGUGGCGGCGAGUCUGAGUCCCUAUAAGCUAUGUGUGGGACUGUGGAGCGGGUUGCUUGAGAGGUUCGAGCAGGGCCGGGACCAGGGUCAGAAUGCGAAACCAGAGGUAGGGCGAGAUGGACGAGGAACAGGUGGUCGAGUCACAGAGGCACGCGUGUCGAAACGUACCCUCAAUUUGCAGACGGACACACCUGUCACGGCGCUGGAGAGGGUCUAUGGCGACGACAACGACAACGACAAUGCAACACACGGAUGGAUCCUACACACUCCCCGCGGCAACGUGCACGCCCGCACAGUCAUCCUGGCCACGAACGCAUACACGUCCCAUCUCUUGCCAGAUUUCGCGCCGUUGAUCCGUCCCGUGCAGGCACAGAUGUCUGCUCUUAUCCCUCCACCACCACCGCCGUCACUGUCUCCCGCGCGAGGCGAGCAUCAUAAAAUUAGCGGGGAUGGGACUGCGAAUGGGAAUCCAAACGCAACUGACGAGGCAGAAAACUGUGACAAGAACUCGGAUGCCCCAAGACCCUUGAUCCCAAUGAGCUACGGCUUCGUGGGCGUCGGCGACAUGGACCGCGUCAUGAGCGAUUACCUCGUUCAGAAUCCAUACCAUCAUCAUCAUCACCAUCACAACGACAGGCAUGGGGAUAGUGAUAGUGGUAGGGACAGGCAAGGCGGACACCUCAUGUUCGGCGGCGGACGACACUUGGCCCUCCACCACGGCGAGGGCGUCUGGGACGACGACUUUGUCGACAAGCGCGUCGAGCGGUAUCUGCGCGGGUUGUCGGAGAGGUUGCAUCUCAAUCAACCCAGUCUCAAUUCCAAGGCCAAGUCUAAUGAUAGGACCCAUCAAGACCGAACCAGAGUUGCGACGGAUGACGGAACCGGGACCGAAUCCUCGUUGUCGCCUUCAUCGUCGCCUUCGCACACGCACUCCACCGAUGAUGACCUCCUCCCCCUCGCGGCCUCCUGGACCGGCAUCAUCGGCCACUCUUCCGACGGCCACCCCUGGAUCGGCCCCGCGCCAGACCACCCCGGCGUGUUCGUCUGUGCGGGAUACACGGGCCACGGGAUGACCAACGCGCCGUUGUGCGGGCGGGACGUGGCGCGGAGGGCGGUGCGCGCUCUGCGAGUUUGGCGGGCUGGGGAUACAGGUAGAGAUGGAAACGGAGACCGAGACAUUGGCAGAGAUAUAGACGUGGAUGUCCAUCUGGACGAAGAUGGGAAUGCGGAAUGCAAUGUCCCACCAGAAUACCUGAUUACUCGAGACCGGAUCGAGCGGGUCAAGCACGGUUCGGCGGGGAUAUAUCAAUUGUCAAUAUAG